AUGCCCCCAUCCAACAGUAAACGAGAUGGCGAACUACCUGCUGUACUAUGCUUUGUCACAGGCAUCGCUGCUGUCCUGAUGGGCUAUUCAGUUUAUUCACAUCUCAAGACACUCCAUGAUCGCACAACAAGUCCACCAAAGACAUCUACCACUAAGCCUGGAAGCAAACUUGAGGAUUCCAUUCGAUUGAAAUCACUAGCUUAUUUGACGCAAUCGCAUAAUGUGAACAUCCAAAGCAGUUCCAUCAAAAUUAUAUUGGAAAGAGCCAUGUCAGCUACUUAUUUACCAAAGAUCAUUGCAGCAUGCGAUAAAGACCAGCCUAUUCAAAUCAAAUCAAAAGCAUUGCCUUCAUUACAACUGUUGACUCGAAAAGAAAACAACAAGGCGGCGUUAUUGGAAGCAGGUGCAUUGGGUGUGUUAGUAGACGCAUUGAAAUGCACAGAUCCUGCCAUGAAGGAAGUGACACAACGAUACGUAGCAGUAGCCAUCUGUGAUUUGAUUCAAGGCAGUGACAUCAACAAAUACUGUAUAUUGGAAUUAGGCGUCUUGGAACCCAUCAAACGCAUCUUGACCUCGGAUGACAUUCGCAACAAUGAAUUGAAAUAUUGGACAUUGAUGAUUUUGUAUCAAAUCUCGCUCAGUGAUCCUCUGCCCAAGGUGCUCAUCGAAAAUGGAUUUGUCAGUUUACUAGCACGCAUGGCUCGCAUGACCUACGGCAACACCAACAUGCCCAAAUUCUGUAUGCAGAGUCUCGUUCGCAUCGCUGCCAAUGUCGAUGUAUCUGAAGCCAAGCGAGUCUUAAAAGAACUGUUGGACUACAACAUUGUGGAUUUGAUAUCCAAUUGCUUGCGAGGAGAUGAUGUGGAAUUGAUUUACUGGGCAGCUGGAUUAAUGCAUGAAUUUGUGCUCAAGGAUGUGGCAGCAGACAAGUUUAGGGACAUCAAAGGCAUUCAUGCUAUAUUAGCCAGUCUGUUGUCAGCAGAGGAAAUGUACAUUUCUCGCGUCAUUUUACGCACCAUCAAAUUCAUGGCGUUUGGACAGGAAAAGUUUAGAAGAGAAAUGGUGCGCUCGGGCAUGGUCAAGAAGAUUAUGCACUGUUUAUCAUUGAAUGAUGAGGAUGUGCGCUAUUGGGCUAUUUUGUGUAUGCAUGUGGUGGCAGGACAAGUGGAGGCGCAUGAGGAUAUCAUAUCAGCGCCAGAGUUUGAGAUUUUAUUGGAGUUGGCUCUGUCGCCCAAGAUCAAGGUGGCCAUCUUCGUGUCGGAUAUACUCUCGUUGAUUUGUUGUAUCUCAAGCAACAGUACGCAUAUGGAGCCCAACUUAUCUUUGAUUGUAAAGACAUUGAACGCAUUGUUGGUGGAAGGUGAAUUGGAUGCGCAAUACAAUGCUGCAGGUGCUAUUUUUAAUGUGAUGACCAUGGGCCACUCAUUUUCAAGCAAAGUGCGUGAUACUUGUUUCGACACAUUGUUAACUCUGAGCAGAACAGCAUCCCAUGAAAGAAUCCAAUUGACAUGCACAAAGGGAUCGCUGAUGGUGGCCAUCAAAAACCGCUUUCUCAUGUCCAAAGUUAACAACCAAGUAACGGAGCCUCUGAUGGAAAAGGUCAACUCAAUAUCUCAGUUGAGCCUGCCUGUCAUGAUCACACAAGCCUUAUUGCGAGCGGCGAAACAAGCUAGCGGAGGAGGCGCAUCUCCUUCCAGCGCAGCCACUGCAGCCACUACCAAGCCGGGAUUCAGCAUACAUGAUGCCAUGCAACGCGAUGAUGAUGAAGACGAGCAGCAAGAGAUAGAGCAAGUGAUUGAAGAAGAGGAGGACGAAUACCCACGCACACCCGACUAUGUGGAUGUCAGUGAACAGGGCACCAUCUCCAACGCAUCGCGUAUAAAUCGAGUUUUGUUGGACAAGAAAAAGAACAAACUAUCCAAUAAAUCCACCUCCAUCAUGACCAGUGCCGAUAUAUUGUAUUUGUUUGACACCAACAUCCCAUCCAGUCAACGUGAAAUUCUGCUCAUGAAGUUUGAAUUGCCUCUGGAUACCAAAAACCACCUGAUAGGCGCACUGGCUGCUCUCAACAUCUUGCUGGAAAACGAUCAAGUCAUUCGCAACAUGGUGUUCCAAGACAGGUACCCCAAUGCAGCAAUGGUUGACCAGAUGAUGAUGGACAUGGAAGAUGAGGCUUUUUCACCACCUCAUAAAGUUAAGACAGCUGCUGCCAGUACCAAGACUACCUUGCCAGAACAUAUCCGUCAUUUAGUCGAGAAUUUAGUGCAGUUAUCGGCCUACCCCGCCCUGGAAGAAUGGGCCACGAUGCAUCACCGCAAUUACUCCUUAAACAGAAUCACCGAAACCAGAGCGAGUAGCAUAUACAAUGAUGUGAUUGAAUGGAUGUGCUCCUGUGCCGAGAUGCCACUUGCCACGUAUUAUCAGCAUGACACUUAUGAUCACGAUGUUGAUAGUAGUAGCAGCAACAGCAGCAGCAGCAGCCUUGACGACAGCCAGAGUUCGGGUGAAGAGCAAAUUGGAUUUGUCACUAUUCAUAAGCAAAAACCUCGCAAACAACGACAUUCGGUAAUGAGCCAGCAGUUUCGUUAUAGACACCGCCGCCAUCGUCGUCACCAUGGCAACCAAUACAGACCACUCUAUCAAAGCGACAACGAUAGCAGUUGUAGCAGCCGUAGUGCCAUGACGGAUGAUGGCGAUUCAGAGGAGGAGGGCAUUGACCGUCAUAUGCUCUCUGCUGGCACCAAUGCCACUGCUGCCCAUGUUUAUCCCCAAAGAAGAAGGAUUGAAUCUGCUGCUGAGCGUAUGGGGGAAGCGAGAAGAAAGGGUGAGCAUUUUGAUCUGGACGACGUUCUGUCAAUCUCUUAUGCAUCUGAAUACUAUUUAGGUUUCUCAAAUCGAGCGCUUGUCUUGUUGAAUUCACUUGCUAGGCAUGCGUCUAUCAAACAGUAUCUUGUACAAGAGGCUCACUUCAUCCCCAUCCUGAUCUAUCUAUAUGAAGGAUACAGUGGGCUGACUGAUCGUGUCAUGGCGUGCUUAGGUGGAUUGUUCUCGUCAUGCAACAGUGAUAGCAACAUUGACAUACCAGAGUCAGCGUUCCGUCUUUUGGUCGUUUUGCUGUGGCGUGAUAUUCGAUCCCCACUAGUGCGAAAGCAAUCUUGGUUGUUUUAUAGUCGUCUUGUCUUGUCUUACUGUAGUCAGUCUAUUGCUCAACAACUGUCGUCCCAUGCAAGCGCUGCUGACUUUGUCGAACUUGACCUUUCCUCCAAAUCAAAGUACUGUCUUGUCAAUCACCUCCAAGUGCGCAACGAUUCAUGGACAUUUGAAACAGUCAAGGCAACACACUACGUGCCUGCUGUACUGGAUAACACGGAGGGUGCCACUCACAAAUACGCAUUUGAAGUGGUGUUGGAAUCCAGUGGACUCAUGCAAGUGGGAUGGAUUACGGAUCAUUUCGAGUUUGAUGCUGAAGGUGGCCAAGGCGUGGGCGAUGACACCUAUUCAUAUGGUUACGAUGGCAAUCGAUGCAAAAAAUGGCACGGACCCUAUACCAAUAUGAAAACUCUGUAUGGUUUGAAAUGGGCUGAAGGUGAUGUAAUUACUUGCGCUAUCGAUAUGGAUGAUGCAGAAAUCAAGUACUACAAGAAUGGCAAAGAUAUGGGUGUGGCAUUUUAUGGGAUUCUAGUGUCUCGUAAUUGGUACCCGGCCAUGUCCCUUUCCACUGGGCAGCAAUGCAAGUUUCAAUUCGGUGGUGCUAUUGAUCCCUUGAGGUAUUUGCCUAAAGGCUAUACAUCCCUGGCAUCGUUGGCACAAAAGACACCAGCAAACAUCGAAUUACCGCCUCCACAAGUAUCAAAAGCCAAAUCACCAGCACCAGUGAUUAGUCCAACUACGGUUGAGGAACCCGAUAUCAUGGAUUUGUCUCAAGCACUUGCACAAAUGUCUGUUGACUCAAGAGGCAAUUCACCUGUCUCUCCACAACACCAUGACAAAUUCAAUGCAGCUGCUACCAACGCUGGAAACACAGAACCUGAAUUAAAGCCCAUUGAUUCAACAACAUCUGCUGUCAGAGAGGUAACAUUACCUACAGCAAAUGCAACUAGAUCACAUACUCGGCAUUACCAAGCUUCACUCCUCGUCGAGCUCAUGGAUGCCUACCACAAACCGUUGCCAUCGCUAUAUUUUGAAGUGAUAGUUGGAUUUGCUAAAAAAGAACCUAUACCCACUGAAAGCAUCAUUACAUUUGGAUUACAGAGUCUACAUCCUGAGAGCAGCUUUUAUUUUGAAUAUGAUCGUUGCAGUACAUCGUGCAGUUUGAUCUUUGGUAGACAUCUGCGUUCCAAGUCGUUUGAGCUGUGCAUCCAAGACGCUGAUAUUGUUGGUAUUGUGUACAUCGAUGAGAGCAACGAAGUUGGAUUAACCAUCAAUGGUAACAUCAAGGCGUUUGUCUACCUGGACGAUCAAUCCAAACCCUAUCUUCCCUUUGUUACUGGAUGUAUGAAGAGUGAUAUCAACUACGGUGAGCAUUCGUUUGCUUGGAAAUACGCAGAGACUUCAGCAUGCAGACAUCGUUUUGCCAAAUAUUUUGAUAAGCUGUUGGGAAUUUAG